AUGGCAGAACAGAUUAAGAAAGACCUGGCCGAGGACCCGAAGAAGCACCAUGAGCUCCCAGACGAGAAGACAAUUCAUGAGGCCGGUGAGCUCGAGAUACAAGAUGAGUCUGGCACGUCGAUGCCAUUCAGGACCCUCUACACCUCCUCGGCCAAAGGCUCGACCAAGCAUCUGAUCGUCUUCAUACGACACUUCUACUGCGGCCACUGCGAGGACUACGUCCGCGCCCUCUCCACAGCCUUCCCCAGCCCCCAGAACCACACACCAUCAUUCACCCUCACAGUCAUCGGCUGCGGCCAGCCCCACGUCAUCCCUGAGUACCGCACCCGGACUUCCUGCCCCUUCCCCAUCUACACCGACCCUUCACGGGCUAUCUAUGCGAAGUUGGGGAUGGUCAUCAACCUGGACCUCGGCGACAAAAAGCCCGAGUACGUGGAAUCGGGAAUCGUGCGCGGCACGCUGAGCUCCAUGUGGAAUAUGAUCAAGUCCGGAGCAGUCAAUGGCAAGGGCGGAGCGUACGAUCAGAAUGGAGGAGAAUGGAUCUUCGAGGAAGAGGAGCUGAGGUGGUGCCAUAGGAUGGAGAAUACGAGGGAUCAUGCCGAGAUUGGGGAGGUUGAGGGGGUCUUGGGUGUGGUGUGA